UUUGCCUCAAGCUGAAGUUGGGCUGAAGUUAUCCCACAGCCCACGAUGUCAAUCCGCAAACCGAACUCAAUGUAUUAAUGCGGCAAUGUCAAUGCUGGAGGGCUUGGAAGGGCAAGGUCUUUUGCUGCUUGGAAGCCUUGCAGUGACCUGUUUCCUCGAGCUUCAGCAGCUUCUUCUUUUGGCGUUGUGUUGCUUGCUGUACAUACUGUCAAGGAAUGGCUGGAUGAGGCUAAAGCUGAGGUACGCAGCCGUUCCAGCUUUUUCCCAAAUACCGCCGCGCCCAUCACGACCUCCAUUCCGGCCUACCAGCCAGUUGCCUGUCAGACAAGAGAGCAAAGUCCCAGUGCAGCCGCCUACUUUCCAGUCCGAGGGUUUUUCUGCGCAGGUCUCGGAGUUGCUUGAAGUGAUCACGCCAUCUGAAGCUUCUGAGCAUGUCGCUAAGGAGCUUGCUGCCUACACGCAAACGAUCAUCCAAGAGAUGCUUUCUGGAGCGUCCGUAGAAGGGUUUGCAAAUGCGGAUGUUUUGCGCGGGACUGCAUUUGGCGUGGCAGUCCCUGAGAUAGAUUUGGUCGUGUCGGCGGACCCUGAUUGCCUGGAGCAACAACUGCAAGGACGUCUCUCCAAGGGUGGCAUUCCGAAGACGCGCAUGGAUGCUCGCAAGAUGCAAAAGUCAGCUAUCCGGGCAUGCACAGACCUCCUAGUUGCUGCUGGAGGCUUCAAAUUUCGGAGAUCUGCUUUUCGCUGCGAAGAGCCAAAGGUCACCCUGAUGGGACCGUCUACCAUGAGCGUCUCCGGCCAAGGCAUUCCAGUAGAGUUCUCUGUGAACUGUGCUACACCUGGCUGUCACGCAGCUCUCGUUGCAGCAUCUGGAGAGAUUGACGUACGAUCACGAGGACUUAUAUUGCUGGUCAGGCGAUGGUCAAAAGAUCGAGGCGUGUGUCACGUUGCACGGGGACAUUUGCCUCCAUAUGGUUGGACAUUGCUGGCAAUAUUCUUCCUGCAGGUGAAGAAACUUCUACCGCCUAUGACAGGGAUGAAAUCGGGAAGUGACUACACGGUUCAAACUGGCCACAUGAGCGAUUGCCAGACUGGCCCUUCGGAGAGCGCCACAGUUGGGUGCCUUUUCUCAAGCUUCAUAGGCUUUUACCGACAGAUUGAUUUGCGGCAGGAGGUUGUAUCACUCCGUCGCGGCGAAAGAUCCUGCCCAAAGCCCCAAGCCGUUGAUGACCCAGAAGUGCUUCACCCGAGUGUGCAAAUUGAGGAUCCCUUCGACCCUGGAAGAAACUUUGGAGCGGGUCUUAGCCCAGAGGGAUUGCAGCGCUUACAUGAAGAGCUUGUUCGCGCGGACGCUAUCCUGGCAGCUGGCGAAGAGGCCCUCCUGUCCGAAAUCCUUGAGCCUUGGGCACCGCCGGAAAAACAUGCAACGUGUUCCGCGGACGCUGGGGUCGAGCUUGCUGGCCGCCAGAGCCUUUUCUGAGUUGUUUGGAAAGGCUGUCGCUUGGCCAUGCCAUGCUCAUUCGUAAGCACGAAAGCUCUCUAAAAUCUUCGUUACUUUUAGGUUCGUAAGUAAGCACACUCCGCCUGAAAUUAGAGCACGUCGUUUGGCAGCACGCAUGGGUUUCACCGACAAGUUAGUGCGGCGGUUUCCGCGGCCCAGACAAGCUGCAGAAAAGUCCUCGGGGUUUAGGGGAGUUUGAAAACAUCAAAGAUUUGGAAUUGGGAGGGGUAUCCGUUGAUCGAUCAAUUCACUCAAUGUGGAACAAUGCCGGUAUCGGGAGUGUUGCUUCAGUCCAGUUGGCAAAUGUAUCAGGGGUUGGCGGUCAUCGAAGAGUUUCACACUGAGAGUUUGCAUGUUUACUUGCUUGGAGUCACUGUGCUUCCAAUUGGUUUCCUCAGGGCUUAAUUACAUUGGCCCCAAGAGCGUGACAUGUUCUUUCUGUUUGCAUGUGCUUGUCAUUGCAGUGGAGUGGGCAUUGAGUGCAGCAUGAGAAGCUUUCAGAAGAAGUUUUCACAAGAGAAUGCUUGUGGAGUUGUUGGAGGAGCACAGUAUCCUGGGAUCAUUGAAAACUAACAGUAGCAAUUCAAUAUGCCAUACGCUAUUGUGCGCCAUGAGUGGUUGAGCAAAAAAAGCCAACAGACCAUUAAAAUUUGAUGCAUUGGACGAUGCAGCAUGCUUCGCUUCGUUGGUUUUUUGUUGGCUGUGCUUCUUGGAUUGCUUGUCGAGGGCUCCAUAGUCCAUCUCACAAAAUUGAACCGGAUUGGUCAAGCAUAGUCUGACAUUCCUGCAGCUUUGGUGUCGCGGUUGUGGCGUUUGCGUGUUUUAUCCAUAGGUCGUUUGUAGCAGAGUUGAGGAUGAACUUCCGCUUGCGACUCGGAGACUUCUGCAAAGAUAGGAAGUGAAGUUGGAAGAGCGGACGGGGGAAAGGCAGGCUGCGAAGAUAGGGAGCGAAGGUGGGCCAACGGACUUGAC